ACAUUUGUGGGGCAUUGCCCCCCUUUGCCCAUACCUUUAUGUUGCCUUGAUCAGUAACCAUAAAUUAUUGUUUGAAUCAAAUCAAUGUUAAAAUGACUUGUUGCAGGCCUCAAAAAUACAUAUAACCUAUACGUAUUUUAAAAUACACCACAACUUUUAGAAAAACAGACAAGUCGAUCAUGAAUACAGCAACAAAAGCUGAGAUGAAAUGAAAUGGAAGUCAGAGAUUUGAAUCUCAGCAGGUUGACAGUGAUUAUUUGGGGGCCUGGGAAGCGUGCAGUCACUGAGUGGAGAGGAGGAGCGAGCCAGCGUACCGACCUAUUGAGAGCCAGAGAGGCGGUUCAGCCCCGCGAUGGUCUUAGCAGCAGCCGUUCACAGAGUAGAAUCAGACCACUGUGUUGUGCAGGAACUGGCACGGCAUCGCCGAAAAACCGUCAGUGGGAACAAAUGAAAACGAAAUCGACACUUUCGCGUGGAUUACUGUGUGCGGAGGAGAUUCGCUCAGACCGGGAACACCACUGAGCGAAAUUCGGAUCGACUGACGCAGACAGGGACGGUGACUAUUGGACGAUAUUACCGCCGAUUGGUUUCUCCUCCACCGCUAAGGUUUCAGGCUCAAGCAAACUGCCAAUAAUGUGCAGCAUCUGCCUUAAAGCCAUGCCCUUUUCCCACCUGUAGAGGAAGCGGCUGUGCCAGCAUGUCCUCUCAUCCCCAGUCUGUGCCGCCGGGCCGGAGAGCUAUGGACUCGAGGCAUCUGCCAAAUCCCGCCUCUUUACCACUGCAGCUGCAGCGGGCUCACACGGAAGUGGGAUUGGUUGACUACCACCCUCAUCAUGUCAGGGACUACGGCUGCCACCUGGCCCAGCCCCACCGCCGUCGACCUUCUUUGCUCUCAGAGUUCCAGCCUGGGAAUGAAAGGGGCCAGGAGCAGCACAUUCGCUACGAGCACAUCUACCUACCAGAUGCCAGCAGCCAAUCAGAGCUGGAAUAUCCUGAGAUCAAACGCCCUCGUAUAGAGAUUGGGCCUGAGAGUCUGGUGAGACCUUCACCACACCGUCACCCAUUGCCUUUGGGUGGGGCUGAGGACAUGAUAAAGGAGCGUGGAAGUUCCAUUGGGAAGCUGGAACCCAUCUCCCCUGUGAGCCCAGUUCAUAUAGAUCCUGACUUGGAUUUGGUUCCAGCUCGCUACUCCAAGGAAGAGCUGAUCCAGAACAUGGACCGCGUGGACAGAGAAAUUACCAUGGUGGAGCAACAAAUCUCCAAGCUUCGUAAAAAACAGCAACAGCUGGAGGAGGAAGCAGCAAAGCCCCACGAGCCGGAGAGACCCAUCUCACCCCCACCCAGUGAAGCCAAACACCGCAGCCUGGUGCAGAUCAUCUAUGAUGAGAACAGGAAAAAAGCAGAGGAGGCUCAUAGGGUACUGGAGGGGCUGGGACCCAGGGUGGAACUGCCUCUGUACAACCAGCCUUCUGAUACCAAACAGUACCAUGAAAACAUCAAAAUAAAUCAGGCGAUGAGGAAGAAGCUCAUCUUGUAUUUCAAGCGGAGAAAUCAUGCUCGUAAGCAGUGGGAACAGAAGUUUUGCCAGCGCUAUGACCAGCUGAUGGAGGCCUGGGAGAAGAAGGUGGAGCGCAUCGAAAACAACCCGCGGCGCAGAGCCAAGGAGAGCAAGGUGCGGGAGUACUACGAGAAGCAGUUCCCGGAGAUCCGCAAGCAAAGAGAGUUGCAGGAGCGAAUGCAGAGUCGUGUUGGGCAGCGAGGAGGUGGACUUGCCUCAACUGCAGCCCGCAGUGAACACGAAGUCUCUGAAAUCAUCGAUGGAAUAUCAGAGCAUGAGAACACAGAGAAGCAAAUGAGACAACUCGCAGUCAUUCCUCCCAUGCUGUUCGACGCCGAGCAGCAACGCAUCAAGUUCAUCAACAUGAACGGGCUUAUGGGCGAUCCCAUGAAGGUGUACAAGGACCGACAAGUUAUGAACAUGUGGAGCGAGCAGGAGAAGGACACUUUUAGAGAGAAGUUCAUUCAACAUCCCAAAAAUUUUGGUCUUAUUGCAUCUUUUCUGGAGAGAAAGACGGUGGCAGAGUGCGUGCUGUUUUACUACCUGACCAAAAAGAACGAGAACUACAAGAACAUUGUGCGACGGAACUAUCGACGGAGAGGAAGGAGCCAGCAUGGUCAACAGCAGCAACAGCAACAACAAGUGAACCGGAACACCCAGGAGGACAAGGAGGAGAAGGAGAAAGAGGGUGAAAGGGAUGAAGAGAAAAAUUAUGCUGAAGAAAAGGAAGAUGGGAUGAAGGAUGACACCUCUGGAGAAGAUGCCGAGGACAAAGAACCUGCUGUGGCUUUCAAAGGACGCCGGACAGCCAAUAGCCAGGGGCGCCGCAAAGGCCGCGUCACCCGCUCUAUGGCCAAUGAAGUGGAGGAGAACUCCACACCGCCAGCCAAUAAUGAGCCUACCAAUCUGGAGAUGAACGAGAGCUCUCGGUGGACUGAAGAAGAGAUGGAAACAGCCAAAAAAGGCCUUCUCCAGUAUGGUAGGAAUUGGUCCGCCAUCGCCAAGAUGGUGGGAUCAAAAACUGUGUCGCAGUGCAAAAACUUCUACUUCAACUACAAGAAAAGGCAGAAACUGGAUGAGAUUCUGCAGCAGCAUAAAAUGAAAUCGGAGAAGGAGAGAAAGGCCCGACGAAGGGGCAAAGCUUUGCAGAAUGAAGAAACCAGCGCUACGUUUGCUGCAGAGGAGGAGGAGAUGGAGGGCUCUGGGGCCAGCUGUAAUGAAGAGGAGGCCCCUGAGGAUGGUGAAGGUGGACCUAACAACAGCUCAGAUACGGAGAGUUUGCCUUCGCCCCGCUCAUCUGAAGACAACAAGGCUAAAGACGAAGGCUCCAGCAGGCCGAAGUGCAGCACGAACUCUGGGGUUAAGGAGGAGACCCGGGCAGACGUGGACCAGGCAGGAGAUGAGAAACCUCCAGUCAAGGAAGAGGGAGACUCCGCCAUCAAACAGGAGAUAGACGCUGAGGAGCUUAACCGAGAGCAGCCAGCAGCGGCCAGCGAUGCCGCGGAUAAAAAACCUUCCACAGCAGAGACGGAUGAAGUCAAAAGCUCAGCAAAGAGCUCUAAAAAGGAGCAUGCAGCCAAAACGGGCUCCCAUCGGGACAGCGACUCUAGUGCCACUUGCAGUGCUGAUGAGGUGGAGGAGACGGAUAGCAUGGACAAAAACAGAAUAAGUUCUCCACGACCAAGUCUACUGAACUACAGUCAUGAUGGAGUCAUAUCCACCCCGCUGCAGAAGCCCAUGGAUCUGAAGCAGCUCAGGCAGAGGGCCGCUGCCAUUCCGCCUAUUACGCCUGAGGCCUCUGUGCAGGCCAGUCAGCAGAGUGGAAAUGGGAAGGUUGUGUCAUCCCACGACGCCCUGGCAUUGUACCAGCGACAGAUCACCAUGGCUCAUGGUGAGUCUUCUCAGGAGGUCAGACAGUUGCAGCAGCAGCAGCCGCAGCCGCUUUUGGGCCAGCCAGGCAAACAGCAGCCUUAUACCCCUCAGGCAGAUAGAGACCGGGAUUCUCUUCACAGCAGCAGCCCUCGGGUUCGCCCUCAUUCUCCCUCCAUCAACGAAAAGGAUGAGAAAUCCCCAGCUUUCUCUCCACACUCUGAAGCCAAGAAGCAAGCAGUGAGCUCUGACGAUCUGAGGGCCUCAAACUUUGGCCGCUCGGUCCUCUCUCCGUAUCCCAUGUCCCCACGAGACAUGUCCAAGAUCAGUCACGAUCAGCAUCUGCUCCACUUCAACACGUUCCAGCAAGCAGGCCACCCGUCGCUCUCUGCUCUGCCACAGGACAGUGUUAGGCUGGCAGCUGUGAGGCCCCUGUCCAUGCCAGAGCCGCCCCCUCUUAUUUCCUCUUCUAAACCAGGAGGCUCCAUCACACAGGGCACCCCUGUGCAGUUGCACAGUCCAGCUCAUGGGUUAGACCAUGCAAAGAUGAACCCCACAGCCAUGGGGAUGCCUUGGAUGGAGAAAAAAGCAGGUACUUUCCCAACAGUAAAGCAGGAACAGUUGUCUCCACACAGCUCAUCUUCCCAAAAUGACAACCUGCCAACCCAACUGGCUCCUCAUGAGGUUUCUUCUGGGCGAGGCGUCCAGGGAGGUAGCAUCACCAAGGGGAUCCCGGGGACCAGACUGCACCCAGAAUCUGCAAUAUCCUACCGAGGGGGCUCCAUUACUCAGGGGACCCCGGCCGACGUGUUGUAUAAGGGAACCAUAACGCGUCUAAUCACAGAGGACAGUGUUGGUCGAGCAGAGAGGGAGCGCGAUGAUGCUCUGUCUAAAGGCCAUGUGGUCUACGAGGGCAUCAGCGGACACAUCCUCACAUAUGACCGUCCCCCAUCUCAGACCCCCAAAGAAGACGGCAGAGGCUCAGGGCAGGCUGGGGAAAUUUUAAGCCUGAAGCGUCCUUACGAUGUGAUGGAGGGAGGCAGGGGGCCGUCCUUGAGGGGGGACUCCUCUGUCAACUGUGAAGGCCUGAUUAGUCGAACCAUGCCCCAUGAUAGAGACAGUCCACACCACACACCUUACAAGGACCCUCACCACAUCCACGGCUCCAUAUCGCAAGGUAUUCCUCGCCAUCUCGAUCCUCAGGAUGGGUACCUGAGGCGGGACGCCAAACAGCUGAAGAGAGAUCCCUCCCCGUCCCGCGGGGCCGGUUCCCUGUCUGACCAGAUGAAGGGCAGAGAAGCUGGCGUGACCACCGUGCAGGAGCCGGGGCGCUCCAUCCACCUCAUUCCAGGGGGCGGCAAAGACGGAAUCAUAGCACAAGGAGCAGCCGUGAAGCAGGAAGCGUCUGGCUCAGGGAAACGCCACGAUGUCCGAUCCAUCAUCGCCAGUUCGCCCCGUUCCUACCACAACCCACCACCCCACCUGGAGAUGCGGACUGAGAGGAGCCGAUACGAGGAAGCGCCUAAAGGGCGGCCCAGUGCCGUUGUUAGCUCAGCAAGCCCCAUACCCCGAUCCUCUCCGCUGGGAUCAGAGCAGGGAGGCAAAGCCCACCACAGCCCAGUGGGUUAUGAAGACAAAAACAACUUAAGGGCCCCCUACCCUGGACCUUCACACCGGGGCUCCCCACUGUCCAGGGAGGCCGGCCAAAGGCAGCAUGAGGGUUCCAGUAAACAUCCUCCCCAGGAGCGCAAAGCCACACCAACCCCGCGAGAGAUGAGUUCUACCAAAUCACCUCUCUCUGCUGAUCAGACCUACGAGCGUCUGCUGCAGAGUCUGGGAGCCUCAGAGAUGUACCGGCAGAUCCCCUUACCCUUCGAUCCCGCGGCGCUGCCGCGUGGUAUACACAUCGACGCUGCAGCAGCCUACUACUUGCCUCGCCACCUAGGGCCCAACCCAGCGUACCCCCAUCCAUAUCCUUACCUCAUGCGUGGCUUUCCCGACACAGCAGCUUUGGAAAAUCGCCAAACACUCUUCAACGACUUCAUCACCUCUCAGCAGAUGCACUCGUGGCCUGCAGCGCAGCGCUCAGACCUGCUCAGGGGCAUUCCUCCUCGAGACCAGCCCCUUCCUCUGCCCUUCUCGGCUGCACCACGCGGAAUCAUCGAUCUCUCUCAGGUGCCGCACUUACCUGUCCUGGUCCCUUCCACGUCAGGGACAGCUGGCCCCCCAAUGGAUCGCAUCACCUAUAUCCCAGGGACAAGCACCCCCUUCCCUGGCAGGCCUUACACCACCUCACCUAUCUCCCCUGUUGGCUCCUCCCACAUAAAUAAAAUGCAAGGCUCUUCAGAGCGCGAGCGGGAAAGGCCCCGCGAGCGUGACAGGGACAGGGACCGGGAUCGUGAACGAGAAAAAGAGCCAGAAAGGGAGCGAGACCGGGACCGAGACAGGGACAGGGAAACCAUUCGAGAACGCGACAGGGAAAAAGGUGGAUCUCUAGGAAAUGUGGAGCAUGCUCCAAUCUGGCGGCCAGGUACGGAGCACAGCUUGUCUAGCAGCAGCAGCAGCAGCGGGAGAGCUGCAUCCCAGCAGUACGGUCACCAGCAGUCCCCGGUGUCGCCCCGCACCCAGGAGAACAUUCAGCAGAGGCCCAGCGUUCUGCACAACACCGGGGGCAAAAGUCUUUCUGUUAGCGAGCACUCAAACUCCUCUGUGUUACGGUCGGUACCCUCAGGGUCAUCCCGCUACCAAGGCUACCCUGCCCAUCUCCAAAGGACAGGUGUGCCCCCUGACUCCUUCCCACCUGCUUUGGAAUCCAGUAUAACCAAAGAGCAGAAUCGCGACGGAGGCAAAAGCCGAGGUCUACCCAAGCAUAUGCAGGAGCAGCACGGAGCCUCCAGUAAACCUGAGCCCAAGCUGUCCAGCCCCAGUCCAGGAUUAAUGUACCCCGGCGCUUACGCCCCGGCGUCGGGCCGCCCCCAGCACCUGCUGCCUCACCAGUCCGAAAAUCCUUCUGGUCGUGGGGAAAGUGGCACUCCUGGUAGAGAAAAGACUCAAAACAAAGCGAUGGCCAUCCAGGAGCAAGAGCUCAGAUCACUCGCUCCACCACACAGUCUCUACCGCCCCCCCUCCGAUGAAAGCUUGUCUCCAGGGCAACAGCCGCCAUCUCCCUGUGUUAAAAGCAGCCAAAGGGUGGUCACUCUGGCACAGCACAUCAGUGAGGUAAUAACAAAAGACUACACGAGGCAACAGCAGCAAAGCUACCAUGGGUCUCCUGUCCUAGACCUCACCCGUCCACCCAGUGCCUCCCAGCCCCCACCUACGUCACAAGAGUCCACUCAAGGGUCCCGCUGUCCAGAGGGCAUCGGUGGAGAAUGCAAUAGAGACAGAUCUCCACCUCAGGCCAAAUCUUCACCCGUUAGUGCUUUGAAUGACGGCAUUGAACCGGUGUCUCCUCCUGGAAACAGCUCUGAACCUGAAGUCCAGGGAGGGGCCGCCUACCCCACCGAACAAGGAGAGCAGGGACUGGGCUCCCGCUCCCCCCCCAACACCUCCCAGCCUCCAGCUUUCUUCAGCAAGCUGACUGAAAGCACGUCGGCUAUCGUGAAGUCUAAGAAGCAGGAGAUGAUCAAGAAGAUGACGGUGGUUGGCAGCGACAGUGAAUUCAAUGCUGGUCAGCCGGGAACAGAAAUAUUCAACAUGCCGGCUUCCACAACUGCAGGGCCGGUGACUGUGCGCAAUCAUCCAGCUCCAGAGGCUCCUGGAAACUCCAUAGGCCUUGAAGCCAUCAUUAGAAAGGCCUUAAUGGGCAAAUAUGACGACGCAUCUGAGGAGCGCUCUCCAUCCAGUGCUGCUAACGCAGACGGUCGAGCUGAGGAUCUGUUCUCUCAAGGUGGGUCAAAGCCCUCAAAGGGCAGUGGACGCUCCAAUGGGCGCAAGGCCAAGUCCCCGGGCCCAGGUCUGUCUGGGAGUGAGAGGCCAUCGUCUGUGUCUUCAGUUCACUCAGAGGGAGAUUACAACAGGAGAACUCCGCUCACCAACCGUGUCUUGGAGGACCGGCCUUUGUCUGCAGGUUCAACUCCGACUCCUUUUCCAUGCAACCCUCUGAUAAUGGGGUUCUCCAGUGCUACAGUGUCAGCUCAUUCCUCUGGUCAACAAGGCGGCCAGGGCCCCGGGGCAGGACCCGGACAGGGUCGGUCCUGGGAAGAGGAGCCCAAGCCUCUGCUCGUGUCUCAAUACGACCCUUUGUCUGACAGCGAGUGACCUUAAACCAGCUGGCGUGCUGCCUCAGCUGAACACGUACUCAUGCCGCCUCCCUGUCUACAGCGCAGGAAGUGAUGAAGUGGAGCUCCUCCUCUAUAUAUGUGUGUGUGUGAGAGCGCGCCUAAAGGUUAUGCAUUCACUCCAAAACUACUCUAAAGGAAAAAUCACUUAAACUAUUUUUAAUCCUCACUGGCCUUAUCUAUACGGACACGUUGGGCCGUACCAUGCAGGUGUCCUGGUCUGUGUGGCAGUCCACAUAGCAGCAACCUGUGGUUUUCUUCACAAUGAACUCCAGCCGCUGCAGGCUAACACGUGAAGACACAGGAGGAGAA